AUGGCCACCAACGCGUGCAGGAGCAGAGCGUUAGCCUCAGCUUUGAGGCCCGUCAAGCCUGCUACUGUUCGCCCGCGGACCGAAGCUGCAGUGCGGCUCUUCUCGGCCUCGGCUGCCCGCGAUGUUGUCGUCCCCAAGGAUGCACCAAACGUCAGAAAAGCUCCCCGGGCACCUCUGGGCAAGAUGGAGGUCCCGAUAGUCAACCCUGCCGACAAAUACGCGUCCAAGGCUGAGAACCUUCAUCGUUACGGCCAAUGGCUGAUGUCAUGCCUGCCCAAAUACAUCCAGCAGUUUUCGCUGUGGAAGGAUGAGCUCACCAUCUACAUCUGCCCGUCCGGCGUCAUUCCUGUGUUCCACUUCCUCAAGUACAACACCUCCGCCGAGUUCACAACAGUCAGCGACAUCACUGCCGUUGACUUCCCGACUCGAGACCAGCGCUUCGAGAUUGUCUACAACCUUCUCUCUGUGCGACACAACGCUCGCAUCCGUGUCAAGACAUAUGCGGACGAAGCCUCGCCUGUGCCUUCCAUCUGCAGUAUCUACGAUGGUGCCAAUUGGUAUGAGCGUGAGGUCUACGACAUGUUUGGCGUCUUCUUUGUUGGCCACCCCGACCUGCGCCGUAUUAUGACCGACUACGGCUUCGAGGGCCACCCGCUGCGCAAGGACUUCCCUCUCACCGGAUAUACCGAGGUUCGCUACGACGAGGAGAAGAAGCGUAUCGUCACGGAGCCUUUGGAACUUACCCAGGCUUUCCGGAACUUCGAGGGUGGUUCAAGUGCGUGGGAGCAAGUUGGACCGGGCAACGACAGAAAGCCCGAAUCUUUCAAGCUUCCUACCCCCAAACCAGAGGAGCCCAAGGAGGAGCCCAAGAAGUAA